AUACAAACGAGCGUGUGUCUGCCCGGAUGGAUUCAUUUUUGCAUGCAUCCAACCAACGCUAGCGCAGUUCAAAUUCAAGUUCAUCCCAGUAUAGGAGACGAAUCCGAAAGAAAAUGUACCGCAGAAUUUGGCUGUUAUAUUGCGUUCUGUUCCUAUCUAACGGACUUCUACGUACAACACAUGGCAGAAACAUUACCUGUUGGGAGCUGCCGUGCAAACAGAAUCGAUAUCACUUCGAUUGCUGCAUUAGACAGCUGGAGAUCGACGAUGGAACCACCAUCGAGUCCGCUAACUUCGCCAAGCAGCAGUACCUUCUGCUGGAGGAUAGUAACAUCUUCACCGUGUCGCCGCAGCUCUUCCAGCUGAUGACCGACGUGAAGAUGUUGGAGAUAACCGGCGGUUUUGUUCCGUGGGUGUAUUUGAGGCCCUCGAUAACGGUACUGAACAUUAGCGAUAGCCAAACGAAGCAGUUGGUCAUCGAUCCCAACGAGCGGAAGUAUCGCUUGAUUUGGCUCGAAGUGCGAAAUGUCACCAUGAAGGAGAUUCCCCCCAAUUUGAACCAGCUAAGAGAUUUGGAACACAUCGGCUUGGUGAGUGCUGGGUUGGAGUACCUCCUGAUGGACCAAUUCGAUGGACUGAACAAGCUGGAGGAACUGAAUCUUUCAAACAAUAACAUUGCCCAAAUUUAUGUCAAUUUCCCGAUGAGACUGCCGGCGCUGCGGACGCUUCAGUUGGGCAACAAUGAGUUGACUUCCAUCAACCUAAGCUACUGGCACAUGCCAGAGCUAAACUCGUUCGAUUUAUCCUCGAAUCGGUUGCGAUACAUUGCAAACUACAACAGCUAUCAGUUCGAGAAGCUUUGUGCGAUUAAAGCGCAAGGAAAUCGGUGGAACUGCAAGUGGUUAGGGGAGUUUCUGCACGCGUGUUUCAACUUCGAAGGGUACGGAAUAAGUGAGCGACAGGGCGAAUGCGAUGAAGAGCUCGAGUGGAAGCGAAAUUGUUGUUAUGGUAAUGAGACGGCGCUCAUCUAUCAGGAGUAUUUGAAGGAAACUCAGAUGAAUUAAGUUUGCUCUCGUGAAAACCGUGAUUAUAUACGUAUAUAUACAAAAUAGUUGGCGAAAUGUUUCGGCUCUUAAAAUUUGAAAGUGUUCAUUUUGAUUUGAAGCGAAUUUUAGUGAGAUAAUUUAAAAAAUAUUAUUACGUGGUGACAGAGAAACUGCAAACCGAAAUGCCGAAACACCAUGAAGAACGUAUCUGUUUCCUAGAUCAUCAACAACUUUAACUACUUCCGGCAUUCUUGCAACAUAUUCUGCCCAGCGUAUUCUUUCAGCUUCGAUCACUUCAUGGAUUCUAGGUUUGCCCGUUGAAUUACGUGGGCUUAUUGUACAUCCUUCGCCCCCGUACGUUGUCCUCCUGCACCCAGUCUAAGAUAGUUAUCAACACACGUCGUUCAAAAACUUCGAGCGAUCACAGGAACUCCUCGAACAUUGUCCACACCUCGUCCCGUGGAAAACAACCGGUCGCACGUUUGCAAUGUCUGUUUGAUCUCAAGUGUUUGAAGAAAUCGUAGUAGACACAUCUCCCAUUGUUAAUGCAUCUCCGGAUCUCGCGGCUGGUAUAAAUUGAUCCACUACCUAGAACUCAUCAUAAUCGGGCCAUGCCAUGCUCGGGUCAGAAAAUCAGCAUGUAUUUGGUUUAAGCCGCAUUGAUUCUCAGUCCAACUUUCUCUGCUUCGUGCUUAUGUCUGGUGUAAUAAUGUUCAACGAAGCAGAAGAAUUAAGUGAAUCUAUUGAAAAUCGUACCACGCAUGUGAAACACCGUUCGUCUCAUAAUACCCUCUAGCUCAAUGUUGAAUAGUAGGCAAGAGAGACCAUUCCCUUAGCGAAGCCCCCUGCGGGACUCGAAUGAAUCAGAUAAUCCACUAGAUAUUCACACACAACACUGUAUUCUAACAACCGAAGCCUUAAUCAGUCUUGUCACCGUUCCGGAGAAGCAGUUUUCGUCCAUGAUUCUCCAUAGCUCUUUUCGUAUUAUUGUAUCAUAUGCGGCCUCAAAGUCGAUGAAUAGAUGGUGCGUAGGCAUUUUUGUAGGAUCUGCCGCAAGCUGAAGAUUUAGUCAGAAGUAGAAAACCUCUCACGAAUCUGUUUUUAUGUGACGAUAGACGUCGGAAGAUGAUCUGGGAAAGCACUUUGCAGGCGGCAUUCGAGACGGUGAUUGCACGAAAGUUUCCACAGUGUAGUUUGUCGCCAUUCUUGACGAUAGGGCAAAUAACCCAAGUUCUCCACUCCUCCGAUAGUUGUUAUGUUUUCCAAAUUCUGACAACCAAUCGUUAACCAACUUUUCCGGGCCCAUCUUGAUAAGUUAUGUUCCAAUGCCAUCUUUCCCAGUUGAUUUGUUGUUCUUAAUCUGUUUUAUGACAUUCUUAACCUCAUCUAUCGUUGUGAGUGGUACACCUGCAUUAUUUACUGCACCAGCGUAAUCGUUUCCAUCGUUAUAUUGAUCCUCUGCCUGUAUGCCAUCCAGGUGUUCAUCGAAGUGCUGCCUCCACCUAUCGGUCACUUCACAAUCGUUCGUCAGGAUACUCCCAUCCUUACUCCGACACAUUUCUGCUCGUGGUACGAAGCCUUUUCGGGAUGCAUCGAGAUUUCGGUAGAACUCACGCGUCUCAUGAGAGCGGGGCAGUUGUUCGAGUUCUUCACACUCCUCCUCUUCCUGGCGGCGCUUCUUCUCCCCGAAAGGUUGGGUCGUCGCUUCUGUUUAUAUUAUUCCACGUUUUGACAGCAUGUAGCAUUAGCCCCUUCACAGCGUUCUUCUCGUGCAUCACCUAUUGGCACUUAUAAUUAACACUUUGCUCCGCUACGCUGUUGAUGGCUGUUUAAAUAUCCCUACAGCCCUCGAGAGGAGUUUCGCUAAGUUCGUCCUCAUCCGAAAGCGCAGUUUUGAAUAAUUGCGCGUAGUUUUCGGCGACAUUCGCUCGCUUCAAUUGCGAAAGAUCAUAUCAUAUCGGCUAUGUUAUUUACUACAGGAAGAUUUGAGCGCAUCUUAACCGUUAUUAGAUUGUGAUCCGAUUCGAUGAUAGCGCUCCGAUAGGUUCUGACGUCCGUUACGUCCUAGAGGUCCGACCGUCUAUCAUAACAUGGUUGAUUUUGGGAUUCUGUUUGUUUUGAUGUCCUCCAAGAGUAUCGAUGGAGAAAUUCGCGCUGAAAUAGGUGCUGAGUAGGACCAUAUUCUUGGAGGUGGCGAAACCGAUUAUUCUUAGGUCCUUUUCAAUAGUCAACUGGUGUGCGCUGCACAUAGCAAUUACCGGUUGCACGCCUCCUCUUUACCAAUCUGAGCAUUAAAAUCUUCGUUGAUGAACUGGAUGUCAUGGUUCGAGCACCAGCAAUAUUCGCGUUCUAACUGCAUGUAGAAUUCGUCUUUGUCAACAUCGAGACUUGCAAGUUGACCACUUUAAUGAUGCUGAUGUUGAACAAUCGCCUAUUAGUCCUCAAUCUGCACAUUCGUGAGAUGAGGAGCCACCAACCAAUCACACACAAUUUUUUUCUUUCUUUAUUAAAGAGAUUUUCAGCCGAAGGCUAGUUCAUCUCUGUAUGAGAGAGUGAGAGAGUCCUGAGGGGACUCUCCCAAAUAAUGGGUGGUUUUACCCCUUAUUAUGUUACACCCUAAACAUGGAGCCUUGAGGGAGCUAAACCUAUGAAUUGGGGAUAAAAAAAUCUUCUAUAUAGGUUUCUUCAAAAUCUUCUAUAUAGCUAUAUUUGCUUAGCUUUGGUUUCCGUUCUCGUUGUCCUAGUCCAUGCCUGGUUUUUGCCUUGUAGAUCCGUUGUUACUCUUUCUUUUGCGGUGUCCUUUUCAUUGUUCGCGUCGACGUGUUUAUCCAUUCAACAUUGUUUCCGUCCUCGUUGUCCUAGUUCAUGUCUCGUCUUCAGUUUAUUGAUCCGUGGUUGCCUUUUCCUUUAUUGUGUCUACAAGUGGCAUUACAGCUGCCUCUAUCCUCCCAUUUAGAGAUUGUCGCUUUAAUCUUGCGUAGAAAGAAUUCCCGAGUUCCACGUCGACCAGCGUCGUACCAUUCUCGAGCCCAUCUCUGCUCUGUUUUCUAUCGUUUCCAUCGGCUUCGUUCAGCAGAAAAAUUUGAACCUCAAAUGUCGUUCCUACGUAAGGCGGCGCAUUAAUAGUAGUGAUCGCUUCAUACAUAGCUGGCUGUGUUUGCCCAGUCACUCUUGAAGAUGCAGAAAAGUAUUUGAAUGGAAGCGGAUUCAGAUGAAAGGUUUGAACCCGGUAGGCAUUACUGCUUAUUUCGUAGUGUUGUGUGUUUGCGUGCGGGUUGUGGAGUGUAAUCGAGUGUAGCUACCAGAUUACAUGCUUCACAGAGGAGAAGUUUCACCCAAACAGAAAAGAAGGAUAUUCGGGAUAAUAUAGAAAUAAAAUACCUUCGAUAACUCCAUGCUACAAAUGUAAAAUAAAAAAAAAAUUAUGAUUUCGCCUACCUGUCAUAUGAACAGUUUUCUUCCAGGAUUUCUUUCAGAAAGCGCAAAGAUUGUUCUGUUCCUUUCUAAAUAGCGUGAAAUUUAUUUAAAUAUAAUUAAAAUUAAUACUUCAUAUGUUCCUUCCAUAGCAUUUUCGUUUUCAAGCGGGGAAAAUAUAAACAAAAGUAGUCUUGUUUCAAAAUGAGACAAUAAAACAAAAACAAAAAAUCAAUUUCAAAUGAAACUCUACCGAGAAAUGAUACCUUAAAUUUGGUUAGCGUUAUUAUAACAACGAUGUUAUUCAUGUGCCCUUUGACGAACAAAAUUUCUAGUAAAGUAUUCUUAAAAAUUGUUUUGUACUGCCCUAUCAGUUUGGACGCCUAACGAUGUUUUUUUUUAUUUCAACGGAAAAUUUACGUCCACAAUCCUUCCCAAACAAAGUUUGCUUGUUCUGCGGUGCGCUCGAUUAAAAUCAGUUCUUAUUUGCAAUAUCCAAAUGUUGUACUGGUAGAAAAACAUAUCAAUAUAUACAUACAAACCACGUUCAUACUAGAGUACUCCGACAAAGGAGAAAAUAAGUGUACUAACCGGCGUGACCCGACCAAAACGGAACACCUACCUGCUUACAAAUACUUCGAUUAUUAUAUGGAAAUGAUCCUGUAGUGAUAGUAGCAGUUGAAAGUAGAUCGACAAAGCUUCAGUACUUAGGCAUUUGCGAGUAUCGUGGCGGAGUCCGCCACACGGCGCUCGAGUUUCGCUUCAGCUUGCGGGAAUCGAUAGCGGGGAAAAUCUCGCGCAGAUCCGGUGUCAUUGGUGACACCGAGAAGAACUGAUCGAUGGCCUUCAGUUUGAUUUCGCUCUGUAUCCGGAUGGCCGAGAGACGUUCUCCCUCUGAAGACAACGGAAAAAAUAAGAGAAAAAUUAUUGUUGCGAUCCUCUUGUAAAUGCGGAAAAGCGGUUCAAACUCACUUGAGCACCACGAGGGCAGUGGAGGGCGCUUAUUGUUCUUAUUGUUGGUGCUUUCAUCGUCAGUCGAAUCGUCCGUUUGGAUCAUGUCGAAGUUGAAUAGGGCUUUUUCCGCAGCUGACUGUUUGUUUUUCUUCAUUUGAAGUUGAAGCUGAAGCUGUUGUUGUUGCUGGGCUUGAUGUUGGAGCUUCUGCUGUGUUUGCAUCUUCUGUUGAUACAUUUGUUUAUGAAGUUUGAUCUCGUAGCUCUCCUUCGCCUGGUUCAUCUUGAUCAGUUCGGCUUGUUCCCGCUCCGCUCUGUAACAAAAAGAUUAUCACUAUAAAUAAAAACGCUAAAAAAACCGCGGUCGUUGUAAACGGUCGUAAAUGGUCGUUGGGAGUUUUAUAGUAGAGAGUAGAGUGUAGUGUUUAAAGAGUACAUACUAGAGACUAGAGAGUAGAAAUUAGAGAUUAGAGAGUAAAUAGUAGAAAAUGGAAAGUGAAGAGAAAAGAACAGAGAGCAGAGAAUAGAGAAGAGAAUAAAGAGAGGAGAGAAUAGAGAGAGAAUAAAAAGGAGUAGAGAAAAGAGAGAGGGAAGAAUAGAAAGUGGAGAGAAUAGAGAGAUGAGAAAAUAGAGAGAUGAGAAAAUAGAGAGAUGAGAGAAUAGAGAGAGGAGAAAAUAGAGAGAGGAGAAAAUAGAGAAAUGAGAGAAUAGAGAGAGGAGAGAAUAGAAGAUGGAGAGAAAGAGAAAGGAGAGAAUAGAGAGACGAGACGAUAGCGAGAGACGAGAAUAGAGAGAGAAGAGAAUAGAGAGAAUAGAGAAAUGAGAGAAUAGAGAGUGGAGAAAAUAGAGAGAGAAGAGAAUAUAGAGAGUAGAGAAAAGAGAGAGAAGAGAAUAGAGAUUGUAGAGAAAAGAGAGAUGAGAGAAUAGAGAGAGGAAAGAAUAGAAAGAGGAGAGAAUAGAGUGGAGAAAAUAGAGAGAGGAGAAAAUAGAGAGAGGAGAGAAUAGAAAGUGGAGAGAAUAGAAAGUGGAGAGAAUAGAGGGAUGAGAAAAUAGCGAGAGACGAGAAUAGAGAGAGUAGAGAAAAGAGAGAGGGAAGAAUAGAGAGAGAAGAGAAUGGAGAGUAGAGAUAACAGAGAGAGGAGAGAAAAGAGAGAGGAGAGAAAGAGAGAGGAGAGAAAAGAGAGAGGGAAGAAUAGAGAGAGAAAAGAGAGAGAAGAGAAUAGAGAUAGUAGAGAAAAGAGAGAGAAAAAAAAAGAGAGAGA